AAAGAAACAAGUAUAACAUUUUAUGACUUUACAAAGCAAAUUCACAGUAAAAGUUAGUAUUAAUUCAUAAAAGGAAGACUUAGUUAUCAUCCUUAAAAUUUCUUGUUUUAAUUUGUCGAGUCCAGGUCUCAUUGUUGGGGUCAGUUGUCUUGUUGCCGAGUUUCACGUUAGCGUUUGGGGAUGAUGCCAGUUACCUUAUUCAAUGCGGUCCUCAGACCCACACUUAUCAAUGUCAUGAAGACUUCAACUGUCAAAUUCUCUCCGACAGCUGUUUCAUGCAUUAUCCCCAAAAGCCACUUCCAUAUAUCUUCUGUCCGAAAAGAUAUUGAUCAAGCAGCCAAAUACAUUGGUGCUGGCGCGGCUACUGUUGGAUGUGCUGGAUCAGGCGCUGGUAUUGGAUCUGUAUUUGGAAGUUUGACUUUGGCAUACGCCAGAAAUCCUGGUCUAAAACAGCAACUAUUUACCUACGCUAUCCUUGGUUUCGCUCUGAGUGAAGCAAUGGGUCUGUUUUGCCUGGUAAUGGCUUUCCUCAUUUUGUAUGCUUUCUGAGGAUGCAUAUACCCUCAUGUACCUAGGCCUAUUUUCCAUCUCAACCAGACUUCUGGUCCAAAUAUGGAUGUAAGUCCAUUGUGCAGAUAAUAGACACUUAAUACUAGCAAAAUAAAUUGUUAUAGACUUGUUC